ACUCCCCACCCUUGGAGCUUUCCCCGCAGAAGUGACUUGACACACCGCGCUACAUCUGGGGAGAGGGGCGGGUCCGCUUUCCAGGUGACUCAAGUGUUUGCUAUUUGCCUUUUGUUUCUGGGAUGCCUUUGGCUGCCUUUCUCUUCCAUCUGCUUUUAAUUUUGGUAAGAGAAAAGCUAAUGAAUCAGGAAUGAAUCUCCUCUCCACUAAUCUUUCUCUCUCUCUCUUAAAGUUGGCGCGCUCUCUUCACAAGUUCCAUCACUACCCAAGAAGUGAGGGGGCGGGGUGGGGGGAACAGGCGGGAAGGCAUUAAUUACACCUAAAUCUGAAGUUUACGGCCUCAGGUACCACUUUGAUGGGGAGAGUUUCUGAAGCUUUCAUACAACCUGCAGUGCCUUUGCUGCUGCCGCUGUAGAUUUUCAGCUCAUUUCUUUCUGGUGCUGCUUCGCGCUGCUCUGUCAUGCCUAAAUCUAUCUCGUCACUGCCAAAGGUGCCUGAAUCAGGGUGAAUUCCACGAGAUUCACCAGCGGUUUUGCUCCUGUCCAAGGAGGAAGCGCGCAGCCCAGCUUCCCUAGUCUCUCUUCUUAAAUCCCCCUACCUACGACUGCCGAGGUUGGUCCCACAGCGGGAAUCUCCCCGUCAGUCCUGGCCCUCCCCCGCCCCCCGGGUUGGUUUUUCCCAGCUGCGGAGGUUGGGAGGUUGGGCCAGGGGCUGGGGUGCGAGAAGAGUCGUUGCCCGCAGCGCGCAGCCAGGAAGUCGUUGCUACUCUGGUGGAACUGAGUUGGUUCUGGAGGCGGCGGGCGCGGAGGUCCCUCAGAGGAGCCAGCGAGGGGCGCCAACAAGAGGCCAGGAGGUGCCACCGGGACGGCGGCAGGAAGAGGAGCGGGAGCAGCAUCGCGGAGCCGAACGUCCCCACCCGCCGUGCGUACUUUCUGGAGGGAAGGGGCGGGGGAGUCGGCCACGGAGGGAAGCGCCCGGUGGCGAGGGGGUUAGCCAAGUUCCGGCUGCGGCGCCACUCCCUGGCUUCCACGAGAGGAAAGUUUUUUCCAGACGCUUCCGCCGGCUCGCACCCUCCGGGCCCAGCCCCCCGAGGCUUCGGAGCGGGCGCUGUCCCAGCCCAGCCCCGGGGAUACGCUAGCCGCGAUGCCUGGGGGGUGCUCCCGGGGCCCCGCCGCCGGGGACGGGCGGCUGCGGCUGGCGCGACUGGCGCUGGUUCUCCUGGGCUGGGUCUCCUCGUCUUCUCCCACCUCCUCGGCAUCCUCCUUCUCCUCCUCGGCGCCGUUCCUGGCUUCCGCCGCGUCCGCCCAGCCCCCGCUGCCCGACCAGUGUCCCGCGCUUUGCGAGUGUUCCGAGGCGGCGCGCACAGUCAAGUGCGUUAACCGCAAUCUGACGGAGGUGCCCACGGACCUGCCCCCCUACGUGCGCAACCUUUUCCUUACCGGCAACCAGCUGGCGGUGCUCCCUGCCGGCGCCUUCGCCCGCCGGCCGCCGCUGGCGGAGCUGGCUGCGCUCAACCUCAGCGGCAGCCGCCUGGACGAGGUGCGGGCGGGCGCCUUCGAGCAUCUGCCCAGCCUGCGCCAGCUCGAUCUCAGCCACAACCCACUGGCCUACCUCAGCCCCUUCGCUUUCUCGGGCAGCAAUGCCAGCAUUUCGGCCCCCAGUCCCCUUGUGGAACUGAUCCUGAACCACAUCGUGCCCCCUGAUGAUAAGCGGCAGAACCGGAGCUUCGAGGGCAUGGUGGCGGCGGCCCUGGUGGCGGGCCGUGCACUGCAGGGGCUCCACAGCCUGGAGCUAGCCAGCAACCACUUCAUUUACCUGCCGCGGGAUGUGCUGGCCCAACUGCCCAGCCUCAGGCACCUGGACUUAAGUAACAAUUCGCUGGUGAGCCUGACCUACGUGUCCUUCCGCAACCUGACACAUCUAGAAAGCCUCCACCUGGAGGACAAUGCCCUCAAGGUCCUUCACAAUGGCACCCUGGCUGAGUUGCAAGGUCUACCCCACGUUAGGGUCUUCCUGGACAGCAAUCCCUGGGUUUGCGACUGCCACAUGGCAGACAUGGUGACCUGGCUCAAGCAAACAGAGGUGGUGCAGGGCAAAGACCGGCUAACCUGUGCUUUUCCGGAAAAAAUGAGGAAUCGGGUCCUCUUGGAACUCAACAGUGCCGACCUGGACUGUGACCCGAUUCUUCCCCCAUCCCUGCAAACCUCUUAUGUCUUCCUGGGUAUUGUUUUAGCCCUGAUAGGCGCUAUUUUCCUCCUGGUUUUGUAUUUGAACCGCAAGGGGAUAAAAAAGUGGAUGCAUAACAUCAGAGAUGCCUGCAGGGAUCACAUGGAAGGGUAUCAUUACAGAUAUGAAAUCAAUGCGGACCCCAGGUUAACAAACCUCAGUUCUAACUCGGAUGUCUGAGAAAUAUUAGAGGACAGACCAAGGACAACUCUGCAUGAGGUGUAGACUUAAGCUUUAUCCCUACUAGGCUUGCUCCACCUUUAUCCUCCGCUAUAGACACCACUGACUUUGACUAAAAGCAGUGAAGGGGUUUUGCUUCCUUGUUAUGUAAAGUUUCUUGGUGUGUUCUGUUAAUGUAAGACGAUGAACAACUGUGUAUAGUGUUUUACCCUCUUCUUUUUCCUGGAACUCUUCAACACGUAUGGAGGGAUUUUUCAGGUUUCAGCAUGAACUUGGACUUCUUGCUGUCUCUCUCUCAGUACAGUUCAAGGUGUAGCAAGUGUACCCACACAGAUAACAUUCAACAAAAGCUGCCUCAACUUUUUCGAGAAAAAUACUUUAUUCAUAAAUAUCAGUUUUAUUCUCAUGUACCUAAGUUGUGGAGAAAAUAAUUGCAUCCCAUAAACUGCCUGCAGACGUUAGCAAGCUCUUCAAAAUAACUCCAUAGUACACAGGAGCACCUGCAUCCAAGAGCAUGCUUACAUUUUACUCUUCUGCAUAUUACAAAAAAUAACUUGCAACUUCAUAACUUCUUUGACAAAGUAAAUUACUUUUUUGAUUGCAGUUUAUAUGAAAAUGUACUGAUUUUUUUUUAAAGUAAACUGCAUCGAGAUCCAACAGACUGAAUUGUUAAAAAAA